UUGGACGGUGCGGUACCCAGCGAGCUGUCCGGUCUGACAGAACUGAAAGAGCUGUACCUCCAGGACAAUGAUCUGUCCGGACCGGUCCCGGUCGAGCUGGGCGACCUGUCGAGCCUCACCCACCUGCACCUGCAGAACAACGAUCUGACCGGCGGGAUACCGGCGGAGCUGGGAGACCUCGCUGUACUGAGAGAGCUGCGGCUCGACAGCAACGACCUCACUGGACAGCUUGCCCCGGAGCUGGGCAAACUGACCAGGGCCACUCGCCUCUGGGUGGCCGACAACGACCUGUCAGGCCCCAUACCGGCUGAGCUCGGCGAUAUGGCGAACCUCGACUGGCUGAACCUGGGACGGAACAACUUCAGCGGCCAGAUUCCCGCCGAGCUGGGCAACCUGUCGCGGAUGCGACGGCUCUACAUCUACGAGAACGACCUGUCUGGGCCCAUACCCGGAGCUCUGGGCAGCCUGUCGCGGCUCACACACAUAGUGGCCCAGGCGAACGACCUGAGCGGCGAGAUACCUGAAGAGCUGGGGAGCCUGGCGAACCUGGUGUGGAUGGGUCUCCAUGACAACGACCUGACAGGCGAGAUACCUGCGGAGCUGGGCGGUCUUGCCAAGCUGCAGCGUCUAUACCUGACCAACAACGAGCUGUACGGGGAGGUACCGGAGGAGCUUGGGGACCUGUCGGCGCUGACCAACCUUUUGGCUGAACCACAACUACCUCUGGGUCUGGAGACCUGUGCAGACCCCGCCGUCGGAACCGAGUACGGAGUACAGGAGAAGACGGCCUCCGGAGCCGUUGCACCUAAGCAGGCAGCGACGGGCGACUGUGCAACUGGAGGCGCGGUGCCCGACGCGGCCAACAACCCCGGCCUGGUGUCCGACUGCGAGGCGCUGCUUGCGGCGCGGGAGGCCUUGGUUGGCAAUACUGGCAACGCUGAACUGAACUGGUCGGCGGAUACCCCGAUUAGAGAGUGGGACGGGAUUGAAGAGGAUUCGCUGGAGGGGGCGCCGCCGCAGGUUGUCAGGCUCUAUCUCAACGGGCUAGGACUGGGUGGUGCUAUACCCAGUGGACUGUCAGGAUUGACGGCCCUGAAGGAGUUGUACCUCCACGAUAACGAUCUCGCUGGACCGAUCCCACCCGACUUGGGCAACCUGUCGAGCCUCACCCACCUGCACCUGCAGAACAACGAUCUGACCGGCGGGAUACCGGCGGAGCUGGGAGACCUCGCUGUACUGAGAGAGCUGCGGCUCGACAGCAACGACCUCACCGGACAGCUUCCCCGGAGCUGGGCAAGCUGA